AUGUCAAAUUCAAGCGAAGAUUUAUCUGAUUCACAAUUCAACGUGGUGAUUUCUUCGAUUAUCCUAUUUUGGACUUUUUUAUUUUCCAAUAUCUUAUCGAUUUUAUGCUGCCUUUUUGUUUUGUACUAUCUUCUGUUUUAUCGAAAUCUUCGCGGAGCUUUAUAUAAUCAUGUUAUUAUUAUUCUUCUAUUAAUAAAUUUGAUUUAUGAAUUAACAGAUAUUUCAUUUAUUCUUCAUUAUUAUCGAGUUGAUCGUACUUGGCAAGUCAAUCUUAUAUUUGCUCGUUUUUGGACAUUUAUUGAUUUUGGAUUUUAUACAAUACAAUUGUUACUAUUUUCUUGGGCAACAAUAGAAAGACAUAUUCUUAUAUUUCAUUAUCGUUAUUAUAAUAUUGUUAUAUUUUAUCCAUCUUGUCAAGAUUUCAAUUAUCAAUUAACGAUUAAUGGUGUAUUCGUACCUUGUAUAUAUUUUGAUCCAAUAUUUUCAAAAUUAGAUAUUGUAUUUCAUCAAUUCAUUCCAACAUUAAAUAUUGUUAUUUUAAGUAUAGGACUUCUCGUACAUAUUCUAUGGCAAAAAACUCGUUUAAAUCGCUCUAUCCAAUGGCGACAACAACGAAAAUUAGCUGUUCAAAUUUUAUCAAUCGCAAUAAUUUAUCUAUUUUUUCAAAUGCCAUGGGUAUUCUUACAAUUUUGUUAUGUAUUUGGAUUACCCAUAGAUACAGAAAGAAUAGUAAUAUCAUAUGCGACUGUUGUACCAACUCGUGUUCAAACUCAACAACCUCAACAAGCUUAUUUACGUCCAAUAAAUAAUAGUUUUGCUUUAUUACCAAGUGAAAAAGUCUAUCGUGAAUGGGAAUAUAAAGAUAAUCUAUGUUGUUGUAAUAAUGGUUAUUAUACAGUUCUUACAGAUAUUCGACUUCUUACACGAUAUCAAGAAUAUAUGUGUUGUGGAGGAUGUUCUGAUCCUGCACAUACCGAUUCGGCUAUUUUUUUACAUAAUAUUGAUCAAAUGCGUGAAUGUCGUGGUGAACAACCAACAUUUUUCUUUCUUCUUUGGAUGACAUUGAUAUGUGCAUGGCCUUGUUAUGUUGUACGUCGUAUAUUUUGUCCAAAACCAAAAUGUCUUGAAGUUUUUGGUUCGUUUGGUUCUGAAAUGAUACGAUUUGAUAAAGAUGAUAUGCCAAUAGCUCAAGUUGAUAUUUCAACAGCAAUUAUUAAUACAAAAUUAGUUGGACGAUCUUAA